AUGGGCUUAAAUGUGAGUUCAUUAAACAAUUUGAAGCAAAACCAAUAUCUCACAAAAUUCGUGUCCAAUGAACACAUGUCAACUGAUCCGUCAAAUCAUGACUUCUGGGAUCAGUUGCUGUCCUUUGCUUUCGACAAUUUGCCACAAAUCUGUAAUGACCAAAAGUUUGUCGACGAAAACAUAAGUCCAUUGCUUUCGAGUUUAGUUGAAAACAACUUGAGUUCACAUAAUAUCGGAUCAAUUGUUCGCAUCGUUAUCGACAAGACAUCCAAAUUGAAAGAAGGGAAGAGCGACGAGCAGAGUUAUAAUCUGAUUGUAUGGCAAACAUAUAACUCCCUCUUCAUCCUGCGGUCGGCCGCCAAGUAUUUGAUCGAAACGCUCACUGAAGACAAUAUCAUUCGUCACUUCACAGCCAAAGUGGACACGAAUGAGAAAAAAACCGAAGAGUCGGGUCUUGUAAUGAUUGAACAGCUGUUGAUUACAUUGAUUGAAAUUUUAGUCGAUAUUCCUUUGAGUGAUAUGACAUAUAACCUGCACUUGGAGGCCAUCAAUGGUCUACUGGUGCUGUUGUCGACUCAGAUGUAUUCCGCCCGACCGGCCAACAAGUCGUCGAUCUAUCGACUAGUGNUGUCAAUAAUGUCGGCGAUAAAGACAUCGCAAAACCAUCCACGAAAUGAUCGCUACUUUCACUGA